AUGCGGAUUAUUUCCCCAACUGAAAUCGACUCGUUGUCCAUACAAAUAGAAUGCAGUCUUGCAUGUAAGCUCAUAUUGGAGCCACUGUUAUCUACAUGUAGACAAAUCCCUUAGCGUUAAUGUCAACAAAGAAUUUAGUCAGCCUCCCGUUGAAAUUUUCUCAUGGACUUGUAUGCCACUAUUUCGGAGUUUUAAUCAUUCUAAUUAGCGCCCCCUAAUGUUGGGUUCUUCGUCUUUCCAUUCCGCCUUUCUUUGACGAAUGAGUCAAUAAGUAAGAUUUCUUAAAAAGUAUACUUCCCUAGGUAGUAUCAUGUUGUCUAGUUCGGCGGCAGCUGUUGGAUCUUAUCGGCUGA